AUGUUGUCCGCAGAACAAGUCGCACAGGACGAAGAGAUUUUCCGUCCGGACGGUUUCAUCAAGAUCCCCCGCUCCGAUGGCGAUCCCAACUACGGCCCACCCAACACUGCCAUCCCCAGCAAAGACGAAGUGGAAGUCAACUACCACCACAUCUUCAAACGUGAAGAGAAGCGGCACGACAACUGGCGUGCCGCACUAGGCGAGCAGCUAGCCCAGCACUUCAAACUUCCCCCAACCUCCCGCAACAAGACCAAAUGGAAGCUCUACGAUUUCCCCACGCACUACACCUUCACCGAGCAGCGGAAAGGUCCAGCCAACGACCCACGCACUGAUCCGUAUCUUUUCGGCAGUCAAGCGCAUCGGUUCCGCUCGACAAAAGAGACGGUGGAUCACCUUGUAUGGUUGUUGAUGGAUCCUGAUAUGAACACUGCUAACUGUCGGUGUAGGUACUGUCAUAAGGGGCCACGUGCAUCGACCGGGGGUACUAGUACACCAAAGAAGGCUGCGGGAGGGACGAAGAGGAAGAAGGAUCCUGCGACUGCUUCUGCUGCUGCGAACGCUGGUCGGAAGGGAAGAAAGUCGCAGAAUGGAGAGGAAGCGGAGGUGCAGACUCAAUCUUCGAUCAUUGUUCGCGGGGCGGAGGUGAGUCGUCUUGUGCCAGGAGUCAGUAUUGCUUCGGUGCCGCAACGCGAUCAGGAGGUGAUGCAUGAGUAUAAGCGAGGCGAGAAGGAAAGGUUCAGGGUUGGAGAGGUGGUCUGGUGCGAAUUGGAUCAGCCGGUUGUUGAUCCGAGCAAUGCGGCAAGAAGAAUUACCGCUUGGCCUGCGGUGGUGUUGGAUCCUACGAUCGAGUUUAUGAGAAUGCUAGGGUACGAUAAUGACGAUGACGUGAAGAAAAAGACGAGUUUGGAAGCUAUGACGGCGCCGACGAGACGUGCGGUCUCGCCGCCGACGCUGGGUGGGGAGACGGAACAGAAGAUGUCGUAUCUAAUCACAUUCGCUGGGACAACGGAGAAGGUUAAGGUGCCUGGUUCUUCAUUGACGCCGUAUUUGAUGGGAUUGAUCUCGCAGGAGUUGAUCGAAAGUGAUUUGGGUACGAAGGACGACCAUCCUUGGUUGUUCAAGCAGAACGAGUAUCCGAAUAUGAAUCUGUCGAGGCAAGCGCAUCUUCCCCCGCCAGACUACACCAAGUCAAUGGUUGCAUUCGGGUUUGCGGUCGAGUCAGUGGCCUGUUUGCGUCAGCUAUACAACUUGACCGACGCCUAUUCUGGAUCUGACACUCCGGAAGGUGUGCUUCGAGACCUCGGUGCGUCGGGCGAUGCACCGCAGGGGAUGCGCUACUACCAAGGCAUCUACUUCGGUCUCGAACGUAUCUGGGUGGGCGACGUUGUCCGGCUCAAACUUUCCAACAGCGACAUCAAAAAACUGCAACGUCAACUCAAUUCCGCCGUCGUGGCGGAAAAGCAAACUGGCGCACCAGACCCGCCCGCAAUCAUCCUGGAUGAAGACGCAUCGUACGUCCUCCAACUAGCAGCUAUUUACGAAGAUCCGAAGAUGCCCAAAACCGUUCGUGUCUCAGGGGAGAUCUGUCAGAUUAUGACCGCGGCCAAGUACAAUGCUGUCAAAGCGGAGAUCGAAGCUAGCAUCAGAAAGCUUGAUCAGGAUGACAGUUUGGAUGCAGCAGCGAGACAGGAAGAGGCGAAAGCGUUGGAGGCUAGAUUGCCCAAGCCGAGCAUUCUGGUUGGCAAACCGGGCUUCCCUCCCAUGCCACCCCUUCCUCAAGGAUUCGUGAUGAUUUCGCUCAGCGAUAGGCUCCAGUCGCGCAUUCCGAAAGAAACGACGCUCAGUAUUGGACAUGUAGCAGGAAGAAUCUAUCCUUCGUUCGGUAUGCACUCGGAUGGACCAAGGGUGGUGGAGCAGAUGAAGCAGAAGCCGGAAGAUAAAAAGUUGGCAGCGGAUGAAGACACGCAGGUGGAGCUAAGGGCUAGGUUGAGUGUAGCGGGUUUGUUGAGUGGAUGUGUGAAGGCGAUGCGGGUUACGGUUCAUGCUUGGACUAGGACGGCGGCGUUCAAGGGGGCGUUGGCUAUGGCGAGGGAUAGGUUGAGUAGGGCUUUGACGGGUGAUUUCGAUGAGGAGGGAGAGGCAGUUGUGGAGGAUAAGCUGAGGACUCCGGCGAAGAAGAAGGCCAAAACAGCAGCGAUUGAGACUCCGGUUAAGCCUUCUGAGCAGGCUGCUGUUGGGGCGACUAGUCAGGCUGCACAGUCGACCCAACCGACACAGACGGAAGAAGUGGCUUCACAGCCAACACAAGUUGGAGGCGGUGGUGGGGCAGGUGCGGAUGUUGAAAUGUCGCCUUCGUCCGAAGAUGAACCGCCUUUAGCACCAGGAUGGGUCCCUAGGAAGUCGAGAAACUUGGGUAGCUGGUACUACGUCCAUACUGAGACGAAGAAGACUCAGUGGGAGAGACCUACCCUCUAA